GUUCGACCAACCAACUGUACUGCAUACUCUCCUUUGAUCGGUGACUGAAGUAGUCUUCGGAAUUUCUUCAGCAUCAAAAUAAGCCUAAAUCAAGAUGUCCUUCUGGAGUGAACCAGCCAACUUGGCAAAUGGAGCACUUCCCUCCACCAACCCUUAUGGAAACUACACUGUGGUUGAUACUGUACCAAAGGAGCUUCUCCAUAUGGUGGACCCCCAUUGGUACCAGUUCCCUCCCAUGAACCCCCUGUGGUAUGGCCUGGUUGGUUUCUAUAUGGUCCUUAUGGGCGUAAUGUCUGUUGUUGGUAAUUUCGUCGUCAUCUGGGUAUUUAUGACCACUAAGAACCUGCGUACCCCUGCCAACUUACUAGUUGUCAACUUGGCUCUAUCUGACUUCUCUAUGAUGUUCUGCAUGUUCCCACCAAUGGUCAUUUCUUGCUACUGGCAGACAUGGACUCUUGGACCUUUCUUCUGUGAAGUAUACGCCUUCCUCGGAUCACUCUUUGGCUGCGUAUCCAUCUGGACUAUGCUGUGGAUCACCCUCGACCGUUACAACGUUAUUGUUAAGGGUGUAGCUGGAACACCACUUACAAGUAGCGGUUCCAUGACAAGAAUUGUUGGUACCUGGGUCACUGCUUUUGCUUGGUGUCUUCCUCCUUUCUUUGGAUGGAAUCGUUAUGUGCCUGAGGGUAACAUGACUGCUUGUGGCACUGACUACUUGACUGAAGAUAAGUUCUCUCACAGCUAUCUGUACAUCUAUUCUGUCUGGGUCUACAUCUUCCCCCUGUUUGCCAAUAUCUAUCUUUACACCUUCAUCGUUAAGGCUGUAGCCAACCAUGAAAAGCAGAUGCGUGAACAGGCCAAGAAGAUGGGUGUCAAGUCUCUCAGGAGCGAAGAAAGUCAGAAGACCUCUGCUGAAUGCCGUCUUGCUAAGGUUGCUCUCAUGACCGUGUCCCUUUGGUUCAUGGCCUGGACUCCUUACUUCGUAAUUAACUUCUCUGGAAUGCUCUACAAGUCUUCUGUUACUCCCCUCUUCUCCAUCUGGGGAUCUGUCUUUGCCAAGGCCAAUGCCGUGUACAACCCAAUUGUGUACGCCAUCAGCCACCCUAAAUAUCGCGCUGCCUUGGAAAAGAAACUGCCAUGCCUUGCUUGUGCCACCGAAGGCCGUGGAGAUAACGUUUCUAAUGACACAGCUCCAGUAACUGAAAAGAAUGAAAAUGCUUGAAAUUUUCAGGGUAAGAUUCAGUAGACUAAUUGAAGUGUCGGGUUGACAUAAUCACGAUUCCUCAAAUUUGGCUUUUUUCAGCAAAAGAAA